AUGAAGAGGAGUAAAGAAUCCGGAAGAUAUUCAUACAUUGUGUCGUUGGUGACCAGCUUCCUUGUUAAGGACAAGGUGGUUCUUCUGGGGAUUUUUGCAACCGUGCUCUUUAUAAUGCUCUCCAGCAAGCUUCACUUUGAGUUCCAAAAGUCGAUAACAAGAGUCGAGCAGUAUAUUGUUGGAAGGGCCGACGGGACAGAGUCCAGCAAGCUUCUUGUAUCGUUCAUAUUCCUUCCCAUAGGCCACUAUGUAACAAGUCUUAUUCACAAGCUUAUUUCUGCCUAUGUUGUCCAGCUGCUCACGGGGAAGUCGUUUAGCCACUGCUUGAGAGAGUAUCUCUUGAUCAGCCACCAUGAGUUCCAUCACCUCGGGUCUGGGCAGAUCCAUUCUCUGAUCGAGAGGAGAUCCAACGCAAUGGUGAGCUUCAUGAGGAUUCUCUUUGCAGACAUCUUCUUCAAUGUGUCGUAUGCAUUGUGGGGAUUCAUGUACUUCUACCGCUGCUCUGCAGGUGUCGUGGUGCUAACCGUCGUCCAGAUACUGAUGUAUGUUGCUGUGUCGUGGUAUGGAACAGUCAUCAGAAACCACUUCAGAAGGAAGUACAAUGCAGCAUACAACUCCGCCUCAAACAGGCUCUAUGGGAUCCUGCAGAACUAUGACAUAAUCAAGUCGUACAACAAGGAGGAGAGGGAGCUGUCCAAGUACUUUGGGGCUGUCUGGGAUGUCGGAAGACGCUCCAGGAGAUAUGACCAGGUCAACGGGUUUAUCGAGUUUUUCCAGAAAAGCUUGUUCUUUGUUCCAAAUGCAUUUCUGGUAUUUAUGAUCAUGAACGGACAUCUAUUUAAGAGCAUGAGGAUAGAAAACAGGUAUAUUGAGUAUUCGAAGUUUUUUUCUGAGCUGCGCAAUGGAAUAAUGAAACUGAAGGAGAGCAUCUUUGUGAUGAAUGAGAACCUGACGGACAUCUUCGACUCGAAGAUCGAGAAUUGUGCCGAGGAAGACAACGGCUUUGGGCUCACCAUAGAGACGUUCGACGAUGCGAUAAGAUUUGUCGACAUGUCGAUCUACAUAGGAAAUAAACCUGUUGUGAAAGGGUUUACCGGGGAGAUCAGAAAGGGCGAGAAAGUGGGGAUUAUUGGGAAGAAUGGAUGCGGGAAGUCGUCCCUCAUCAACGCCUUGCUUCGAUUCCUUGAGUAUGAUGGGGAGGUGUAUGUGGACGGGAUUGAUCUGAAGAGAAUCAGGAAAUCGUCCAUCAGGAACCUCAUUUCGUUUGUCCCCCAGAGCCACCACUUGUUCAACGGGACUGUCCUAGAGAACAUAGCCUAUUCAUGCAAUUCGGUUGAGUAUGACUAUGUUCUGAAGAGGUGCGAGCACUUUGAUAUGCACGAGACGUUCAGCAAGCUUGGAAAGGGAUAUCAGACCCUUGUUGGAGAAAAUGGGAAGUUUCUGAGUGGAGGGCAGAAGCAGAGGAUCAGUUUCAUGAGGGCCAUGGUUAAGGACUCCGAUGUUGUUGCCUUGGACGAACCAACAUCGAACCUGGACGCCGACUCUGAGAGGAGGCUGGUGGAGAUGAUACUCAAGAAGAUGGAUGGCAAGACUGUACUCUUGGUUGUACACGACCAUGACCUUCUCAAGGGAUUUGACAAGAUACUUGGGCUCUACAACAACACGGUCAGAGUAUACGAUUCCUUCGAUGAGUUUAUUGCCGAUAGAUCAAAGUAUUGA